UCCGGCUUCGAGCAGGACCUCGAAAAAAGUCCUGGGGUGGGAAAUUCCCCCGUCGACGACAAUCACAGCAAUGGAGCUGUGCCGGGGGAGACUUUUGUAUACGGCAAUUCGCUCUAUGCAAAGGUCCAGCGCUGGGCGGGAAAGCUCAAUAUCGAGCAGAGAGGCAUUGAGCGCGUUCCAGAGAACGAGAGGACGGAUACCUCCUAUGUGAAUAUUGGCAGCAUGGUGUGUCUCUAAAUUUCAUUUGCGUUCUAUCUAUGCAACUAGCAUUCCUCAUGAAGCGCGCGGCGCUGACGACCACCUGAAUAGUGGCUGGCAGCAAAUAUGGUGGUCAGUUCAUUCGCCAUUGGAGUGCUAGGCAAAUCGCUUUUCUACCUCGGUUUCGUCGAUGCGUGUCUGGUGAUUCUGUUCUUCAACUUGCUGGGCAUCAUGACGGUCUGCUUCUUUUCGUCCUUCGGGCCCGCCUUCGGAUUGCGACAGAUGGUGCUGUCACGCUUCUGGUACGGCUGGUGGGGAGUUAAAUUGAUCGCCAUCUUUAAUAUCCUCGCCUGUAUCGGCUGGUCUUCAGUCAACACUAUUGUUGGCGCCCAACUCAUCCACACGGUCAACAAUGAUGUUCCCGGCUUCGCUGGUAUCAUCAUCAUCGCUGUCUGCACAUUCGUCAUUACCCUGUUCGGAUAUAAAGUCGUGCACGCCUAUGAGUACUGGAGCUGGAUUCCCACCUUUAUCAUUUUCUUGAUCGUCCUCGGUGUGUUUGCGCACUCCGGCGCCUUUGUGAAUAUUCCAUGGGAGGUUGGUACGUCCGAGUUGGGUGGAGUCCUUUCCUUUGGCUCCACCGUUUAUGGUUUCGCGACGGGCUGGACCAGCUAUGCAGCGGACUACACUGUCUACCAGCCAUCCAACCGCAGCCGUACCAAGGUCUUCUUUGCGACAUGGAUUGGACUUAUUAUCCCGCUGCUAUUUACUGAGAUGCUCGGUGCAGCACUCAUGACGGCAACUAGCCUCAACGAUGGGAAUAACAUCUACCAGGAAGGCUAUACAGCUUCAGGAACAGGUGGUCUGCUAGGCGCAGUGUUGUUCCCGCCUCUCGGCAGAUUUGGAAAGUUCUGUGUGAUCAUUCUAGCCUUGUCGAUCAUUGCAAACAACUGUCCGAAUAUCUACUCUGUUGCCUUGACUCUUCAGGUGAUGGGUCGCUGGACUCAACGCGUUCCACGGUUCAUUUGGACGCUCCUGGGAACAUGUGUUUACAUCGCCAUCGCCAUCCCCGGCUACUCCCAAUUCGAGGCCGUCCUGGAGAACUUCAUGAACUUCAUCGGAUACUGGCUUGCCAUCUACGAAGGCAUUGCCUUGACGGAUCAUUUCGUCUUCAAGCGUGGCUUCUCCGGCUACCGCCCUGAGAUCUACGACCAACCCGACAAGCUCCCUCCUGGAAUCGCCGCCGUCCUUGCCUUCGGCUGCGGCGUCGUGGGUAUGGUCAUGGGUAUGAGCCAGCAGUGGUUCGUAGGCCCUAUUGCCCAACACGCAGGCGCCCCACCGUAUGGUGGUGACGUCGGUUUCGAAUUGGGCUUCGCUUUUGCUGCAGUUGGUUACUUCUUUUUGAGGCAUAUUGAGCUGAGGAUAUUUAAGCGAUAGGGAGGUUCUGGUUCAUUGGGGAGUUGACUCUUGCAUAAUUCCAUAUUUUUGGAUCGCGCGGUUUUAAGUGGAUAUUGCAUUAUUUUCGGUGCAUAGUAUUGUAGUAUAUAUAUAUAUUUCUGAGUGUCUUCCUAUAUUUAAUAAUCUCUCUAUAUGUAAAUGGCUUAACGAAAAAGGAAAAGCAUAUGUCCAUGAAUAAUAAUUGUGACACCCGAAAAGAUUAAUAAUU